AUGGCUACCCCGGCUCUUCCAUCGCCCCCGGGUCAAGAUCAACUUAUUACUGUCAAAGUGCUCUUUAAUGAGAGUAAUCGUCGAUUCAAGCUUCCGUUGAGAGAUCUUCGGGCUCAAGUGUUCCCGCAGAAGCUCCGCACUUUGCUCGGUGUUCCGGCGGAUGUUAACGUCAUCCUCGAACGCUAUUCCGACAGCGCCGGUUGCUACAUUCACCUUGACAGCGACAACCAAGGAGUCUACAAACAGCUUUACCGGGCAGGUAAAGCUAAAUCUAAGCUUCGUAUCAAGGCUAGCACAGUCAAUUUAUCGGUGCCUGCAUCUACAGCUACUACAGCACCGGUUGAGUCCAUAAUUCAGAACCCUCCGAGACAUAGCUAUCUGGAAACUGUCUUGAGCUCCCCUAUUCUUGUCGGUUCCAGUGAAAAUAUUCCUGCCACCAUUACUUCCCCUGUCCCCCCUCCUCCUACUGCUUCCAUUGACACCUUGCCGACCGGAGUGUACGGAAGAAAGGAACUCUCAAAUAUCAGCCAGCCUCACUACCGCGAUUUCGAGAUGGAAAAGGACACACUUCGCUUCCCAGUUAUCUCUCACAGCUCCCCCAGUGGGAUGUUCUGCAUUGAUUGCAAUAACUGCGGUCGCUCCAUUGCCAACGACCAUUACCAUUGCGGUAUCUGCGAGAAUGGCGAUUACGACCUGUGUCCCGCGUGUGUCACGAAUGGUGCUUCGUGCCGUGGGGAAGGUCACUGGCUUAUUAAGCGAUCGGUUGAGAACGGCAUUGUGACCAACAGCACAACCGAAACCAUCGCCCCUCAACAACCGCAGGUCCAGGAGAUCAAACCGCUGGACCCAAGCCCAGCACAGGGACCUAUCGCUGAGACAGUGGCAUCCGUUCCUGCUCAUACUCCCGCUCCUGCCCCGGCCCCGGCUGCUGUGCUUCAAAAGGAUGAGGCCAGUCAAGAGGAAAAGCCUAUAUGCAACGGAUGUUGUCGUGAAACCGAGGAGAGCAACCUGGUGCGUUGCAACCAAUGCGAAGAUUAUGACCUAUGCCUUCGUUGCCUCCUGAGGAACAAGCAUGGUCACCACCCUGCUCAUUCAUUCUCGCUUGGAUCGGAUCGCAACUUCUGCUUGAAGAAUUUGAUCUUGUCUCGCUGCCUUCCUGGUCGUCGGUUCCAGCAUGCAGCUAUCUGUGAUGGCUGUGAGAAGGUAUCCCACUCCCCUCCUUUCCCCCUGGAUAACUUGGAAGUGAACUUACUGACUUGGAUCCAGAACAUUGUUGGCACCCGCCACAAGUGUCUCGAUUGCCCGGACUGGGAUUACUGCCCUGAAUGCAUCGUGGAUGCUUCCCAAACUCACCCGAGGCACCGGUUUGCCCCAGUCUAUGAAGCUCUUGCCGAGCAACAGCCUCUUCCGGAGGUCCAUUUCGGUAUCUUCUGUGAUGGACCCCUGUGCAAAGACAAGCCUGCCCAGAGCUACAUCAAAGGUGUUCGCUACAAGUGUGCUGUCUGUGAUGACAUAGAUUUUUGCGCCAGCUGCGAGGCUCUUCCCACUCACACCCACAACCGAACCCACCCAUUGGUGAAGUUCAAGACUCCCGUUCGCACCGUGACCGUAAGCACUGUCACUGACGACAUCACAUUGGGCGACCAAAAUUGUGCUGUUGCAUCCCCAUCUGUUGAAUCUCCGGUCUCCGACUGUACCAUCGAGGUUUCCGGAGAGAAGCAGCCAAUUGUGGAGCAGGCCCCCGUUGAGGUUGAUGCGACCAAGCCUGAGGCCCCCUGCUCUGCCAAAUUGGCCGACUACCAGGCUUAUUUCAUGCGUGAUACCAUUGCCGACGGUACCAAGCUACUACCCGACACAUGCUUCCGUCAGACAUGGACCCUUUAUAAUCCUGGACCCAACGCUUGGCCGGUGGGUAGUGACGUACGCUUCUCUGGUGGAGACGCCAUGUUUAACGUUGACUCUGAUCACCCAUCGGGUGUCGAAUCCAUUCACUUGGCGAUGAAGAGUAACAGCUUGACUGCUCCUGUGGAGCCUGGCAGCACCGCUGACUUUACUGUGAACCUUCGAAGCUCACAGCGCGAAGGCACUGCCAUCUCUUACUGGCGUCUAAAGUUGCCCAAUGGUACCCCUAUUGGCCACCGUCUCUGGUGCGACAUUCAAGUCCAGGAAACUGCUGAGCCCGUCGUUGCUAAGUCUGAGGAGUCCGAAACCCCGACUGAUGAUACCGAGAUGACCGGCAGUCGUAUGAUCUUCCCCAAGUUGGAGAAGGAGUCUCCCGAGACCAGUACUCACGAGGCCGUCACUGCUGUUCGUCCUCCAACUGUUUCGACGGCUUCCGAGGGAGAUAUUCUCGAGGAUGUCGAAAGUCUCACUUUGGAUGAGACCGAUACUGAUGGCGGCUUCCUCACCGAUGAAGAGUACGAUGUUCUUGAUGCUAGCGACCAUGAGUUUCUGGAGGCGAAGCAGUCCUUGCCGUAG